GGAGGAGGGAGGGAGGGGGGCGGGAGAGAUUAGUUUGGGAAGUAGCACGGAUUGCUCAUCCGAUCCGUGCAGCCGCAGCUAGUGUGUCAAGUUACAGAGACGCCGGAAUCGGCCCCAGCGCUCCUCCGCAGCGGCCACGACCCACCUCUGCCCAUGGGGCCCUCUAAUUGCGCCCCUUUGCUCCGGGACUGAAACUGGCUCGCGGGGAAGACGCGAGACACCAAGAAGCACCGACUGUGCAGAAUCAACUCGAGGACUCUGCAGACACUUGAAGGGAAAGACGGGCGGAGAGGAGUGCCGGCCAGAUUCCCCUAACUUUCCCGGACUUGGAACGCUCUUCGAAGUAACUUUUUCUCACCUGGGCGGACCCCGAUUACCACGGAUUGUGUUUUCUCGGCUUUCCCCCCCUUGCUGCUAAUUUUUCCAUAUUUCUUUGCUGGGAGCAAAGGAAAGGGACAUUUUCCAGCAACACAAGCCCUUUCCCCGUGCCCCGCAGCUUGGAUCGAGCCUUUGGGCAGUGGCUCUCUCUUUUAUUUAUUCUAUUUAUUUAUUUAUUGAUUCUCAAGACGCGAGGGGAUGGUAGCAGAGCGCGCUCGAAAAGCGGCAGCUGCGGGUGCCCGAGGCCCUGGGGAACUGGGCGCUCCUGGGGCCGUGGCUCUGGCGGUGGCGUCGGCUGAGCGCUGCGCGCGGCUGCCGAGCCCGGGGUCCUUCGGGCUGCUGGCGCUGACCCUUUGCUCGCUCGCGCUCAGCCUGCUCACCCACUUUCGGACCACGGAGCUGCAGGCCCGGGUGCUGCGCCUGGAAGCGGAGUGUGGGGAGCAGCAAAUGGAGACAGCUAUUUUGGGACGAGUCAACCAACUGCUGGAUGAGAAAUGGAAGCUCCACUCUCGGAGACGCCGGGAGACCCCGAAGACAUCUCCAGGGUGUCAUUGCCCACCAGGACCUCCUGGUCCUAUGGGAAGACCUGGCCUCCCGGGGGACAAAGGUGCCAUUGGGAUGCCUGGACGUGUGGGAAUAAAGGGCCAACCAGGUGAGAAGGGGGCCCCAGGAGAUGCUGGGAUGUCCAUCAUCGGUCCCCGUGGCCCCCCUGGUCAGCCGGGCACUCGAGGCUUCCCUGGAUUUCCGGGUCCCAUUGGGCUCGAUGGGAAACCGGGCUACCCCGGACCAAAAGGGGAGAUGGGCCUGGCGGGUCCCCGAGGACAGCCGGGACCUCAAGGAGAAAAAGGAGAAAAGGGUCAGUGUGGAGAGUACCCACACCGGCUGCUGCCUCUCCUCAAUUCAGUGCGACUGGCUCCACCCCCAGUCAUAAAAAGGCGGACCUUCCAGGGUGAACAGGGCCAGGCCGGUACCCAAGGCCCACCAGGGCCACCGGGCCCCCCUGGACCUAGUGGACCUCUGGGGCAUCCAGGACUGCCAGGGCCUAUGGGGCCACGUGGCUUUCCUGGGCCUCCAGGACCAAAGGGAGACCCGGGCAUCCAGGGCCACCACGGCCGGAAGGGAGAACGGGGCAUGCCAGGGAUGCCGGGCAAACAUGGAGCAAAGGGGGCUCCUGGCAUCGCCGUGGCUGGGUUGAAGGGUGAACCAGGGACCCCAGGACCCAAGGGUGAGAAGGGGGCUGCGGGCUCCCCGGGGCUGCUCGGCCUCCUGGGGCAGAAGGGAGAGAAAGGCGACGCCGGCAACUCCAUUGGAGGAGGCAGAGGGGAGCCCGGCCCCCCAGGGCUCCCCGGGCCCCCAGGGCCAAAGGGAGAAGCUGGUGUCGAUGGCCGGGCCGGCCCCCCUGGACAGCAGGGAGACAAGGGGGACCCUGGAGCACCUGGAGAACAGGGACCAGCUGGCCCCCAGGGCUCCAAGGGGGAACCGGGGAAAGGAGAGAUGGUGGAUUGCAAUGCCAGUAUCAACGAGGCCCUCCAGGAGAUCCAGACGCUGACCUUGAUCGGGCCCCCUGGUCCUCCUGGACAAAUCGGCCCUCCCGGAGCUCCGGGGACUCCAGGCCAGAAGGGGGAGAUUGGACUGCCAGGCCCUCCAGGACACGAUGGAGAAAAGGGACCUCGAGGCAAACCAGGAGACGUGGGCCCUCCCGGUCCCCAAGGCCCCCCAGGAAAGCCAGGGCCUGCAGGAAUAAAGGGAGAUGAUGGACACCCGGGGAGCCCAGGAGAGAAGGGGGAGAAAGGGGAGACGGGGCAGACCGGCCCACCGGUUCCUGGGCCGCCAGGGCCAGAGGGGCCGCCCGGACCUCCGGGGCCCCAAGGCAUUCCCGGACCAAAGGGAGAAGCAGGCCUGGAUGGAGCAAAAGGAGAGAAGGGUGUCCAGGGAGAAAAAGGAGACCGAGGUCCUCUGGGAUUGCCCGGCACUCCAGGACCAAUCGGAGUUCCAGGCCCCGCGGGACCAAAGGGCGAGAGGGGCAGCAAAGGCGACCCCGGGGUGACAGGACCAACGGGAGCAGCUGGGCUUCCUGGUUUGCAUGGACCACCCGGGGACAAAGGAAACCGGGGGGAAAGGGGGAAGAAAGGCUCUAGAGGGCCUAAAGGGGAUAAGGGAGACCAAGGAGCACCUGGAUUAGAUGCCCCCUGUCCGUUGGGCGAAGACGGCUUACCAGUCCAGGGCUGCUGGAACAAGUGAUGCCUCUAACUUGGGAUUGGCCUGUGUGUGUGUUUGUACAUAGAAUAUUUAUUUUUAUACAGUUUUUACUUUUUGAAAAUGCCAGAAGUCCGAUGCAUCUUACAGAUUAUUAAAAAAGUAAAAACCUGCAUAUUUUGUACAGAAAAUACCAACCUCUCUUCUUUUGUUUACAAGAUGUUUGGUAUAAGUCUGCGACUCUAGUACACUUUCUGUUUCUGCUGUGGUCAUAUGUUUGCAUGAUAUUUGUGCACACUUAUUAAGUAUUGAAUUGAAUAAAUUAUUGUCUUCUGGUGCCAAAGGGAGCCAGCCAGCACUAAGGUACUGGCUUUUGCGGUGUGAAUCCUCAAAAACAUGAAGGCCUGUGGUGUUUACCAAACCAGCUGUGUCUAAGAAUAUUUUAAACUCUUAUGGAUUUUCAUUAUUAAAAAACAAAUGAAACAU